GAGUCAGCAUGGGUUAGAAGAAGCUAAAUCUGUGACUGUCAAGGGAGCAGGAUCUGUUUGUGACCUGACCACAAGCCUGUGUGUAGGACAGACUGCUGAACUGCUGAGUGCUGCAAUGGGAGACCUGCUGUUGUGGGUGUUGGCCUUCUUGCUGGUGCUCUUCUGCUUCUUAGAUGUGUGGUAUUACCUUCGCCUGGUGGCUGUGUUACUCCGAGCCUGGUUUCUCUCUCCGGUGUUUGACAUCACAGCAGAGCAGUCUGUCGGAGGCCACGUCCUUCUCCACGACAUCGACAUGUGCCACAUGAACAACGCGCGCUACCUGCGCGAAUGCGACUUCGCUCGCAUUUCCCUGUACUCCCGCAACGGCGUUCUGAAGGCUGUAAGGGCCCUCGGGGGCACCAUGGUGGUGGGUGCGACCACCGUGCGCUACAGGCGGCCCCUGUGCGUGGGGGAAAAGUUUCAGCUGCGCACUCGGAUCGUCACGUGGGACGAGAAGGCAUUCUAUCUUGAGCAGCGCUUCGUGUCUAGUAAGGAUGGAAUGGUGGCUGCAGUCAUGUUCUGCAAACAGAACGUGCUGCGUUCCAGUCCGGAUAAAAUCCUCCAACACCUGUGCAAGAGGAAGGUUGAGGUUCCUGAUUUUCCUGAAGAGCUGCAGCACUGGAUCAGCUUCAUAACAGCCAGUAGUCAGGCUUUAAAGGCUGAGAGCAGACUAGAGAAGAAAAGUGACUGAGGAUCAGCAUUGAGAUCUUUAGCAGACACUUACACGUUUACCUGCUGGACGUGAAAUUCUGAUCAAUAUAUGAAACGUGUUAAUGAAUGUUAAAUGUAAUUCAGUAGAUCAUUUACAUGAAUCACACUGACGGGAUAUCGGAUUCAUUUUUGUCCAUUUCUGUUUACCACAUAUGUUUAAUAUGUGGAUGCCUUUAUGUAUUUCUACAUUUUUGUUUGUUUGUUUAGUAAAUAUUUCUAGAUUAAUUU